AUGACGCGUUAUCUGACCCCGUGGAGAAUAUCCUUCCUGUGUCUGGUCACCGUUUACACCGACGGCGACGUCCCCAACUCGUCCGCCAUCCAUGUGUUGUCUUUCUUGACUGCGGGUCUAUUCCCUCUAGAUCCCGCCGAUAAGCAAUGGGCGAAGCAUUACCUACCAUCCAUCACAGAAUUGGAAGAAGUUCUCUCAGCUCAUGAAUCAUCGGUGCCGGGCCGGACACUGUGGGACCUUUUCCUCAGGAGAAUCUGGUCCCUUGAUUCACUCGAUGCGCUGGAUACCUUUUUCAACGAUGUCCUGCCGUCCCUCCUCACCAAGACGCGUGAGCAGUUGACGCAGGAGCGAGAGGAAGGCCUUGUGCCUGAAACGGAGGGCAUGAAGUUGUCGCGCAGUUCACCACUCGGCGCGUUCGUGCGCAGAGCCUGUCUGGAGCACACGCGUUUGCAGUUUCAUGAUUCGGUGAAGUUGUGGUCUGGGUUUGUUAAGUAUCGGUUGCCGACGUACCACAUGUGGGCGCGCAGGAAUCCGCAGCAAGAACAUGCCGCUGUUGAUAUCAAUCUUCUGAUGCAUGACUUGGAUUCGAGUAGUCGGCUAUCGCAGGUCGUGUAUGGUGAUAUCGAGAAUGACGAAGAGGAGGAUGGCAUUACCAGUAUCAAAGAUGCAGAGAGACUCAUUGAAUUCCAGGUCGGGGAGCUGCAAAGACUGGGAGGCAGAGUCCCGGAUGAGAUGCGAGCGCAGCUCAAGCACAUCAUGACAUCGGACUCUUCAGCGCCGGUGCUGAUUUAUUACUUAGAAUACCUCGAUGCCUGGAGAGCCGGCGAUUACACAUCUGCCUUUGAUAAUCUCCAUCGGUACUUUGAUUACACCAUGCACAGCAAUGUUGACCGAAGCGCCUAUCAAUUUGCACUCCUCAAUCUGGCCAUCAUCCAGGCUGACUUUGAAUGUUUUAAUGAAGCCAUUUCUGCGGUUCAAGAGGCCGUGGCUAUUGCUCGCGAAUCGCAUGAUAUGAACUGCCUGAACUUCUGCAUGAGCUGGCUCUACCAUUUCGGAAAGGCGUUCCCUGAGCAGAUGCGGGACGUGCAGAACAGUGGCAUGCUGGGGAACGAAAAAGAGGGUCUGGCUUUUCUCAAAGCGAAAUCGAAGGAAACUGAUAUGUGGUCCCUCUUGAGUACUACCCUGCUGAGUGAAGCUAAGCUUGAGAUGCAACAGGGAGACAGUCUUGCAUCGAUUGUUGAGUCCUUCGUGCGGGCUUCUCAUGUCAACGUGUCCAAGGGUCUUUCAAACCCCACAGGCGCGUUCAUGAUGCUACAGAGUGCCUUGUAUUCUCGGAUAGGAGCAACCCACCUGUCUUGGCUGAACACCGAGAUAUUUCGCGAGUGCUAUACGGAGGGACACCCAUAUGACGACUACGUCAAGCUCACAUUCUGCAACUGCCAAAUUCUUGCACAAAAAGGAAACUACAAGGAGGCAUUCGCUCGCAUGAACAAGAUCGAGCCUGAAAGGCUCCGUGCCAUCAAAUACAAUAAUUCCUGGACGUACUAUUCGGGUUUGCUGCAGCUCCGUCGUCAAAUCUGCCGUGAUGACAAAGUCGCCGUUGAGCACAUUCUCUCCCAGCUCCAAGCUGUGCAGAUCCUCGACUUUGAUAUGCGUCUCCUGCUAGCCUUCCACACAAUCGAAUUUACCCUCCGCCAGGGCAACCACGGCCGGGCUCUACGUAUGGUGGAGCAAGCUGCCCACUCCAUGCAACCUGAAAACUUCGACGUGCACUCACAAAUCAAACUUCUAUGCCUCAAAGCCCGCAUACUCGAGAAAUCCGGACAUCCGGAGCGAGGCUUCUCCCUCGCCAUGCGCGCGGCCUCGAUCGCUCAUCACGCAAAACUCCUCCACGACCUCUGGGAGUCAGUCUGCGUCCUCGCAGCAGUGAUGCUGAGUCUGCGCGAAUUCGAGGCCACCGUCGAGCUCGUCGAGAGCGUUUUGCCCCAAAUCCUCGAGAGCGAGGAUUCAGCACUGAUCGCGCGGGCAUACUCCCUGCUUGUCGACGCCAACAUGGGCAUUGCGGGAGAGUUAUGGGCAUCUAUGGGGCGUGACAGUACGCCUGUCCGGAAGGAGUAUGUGAACCGGGCGCUAGAGCACAUCGACUCUGCAUAUGAUACGUACGAGGAGAUUGAGGAUUUGCUGGGCCAGACGGAGAUGAUGGCUAAGAAGGCUACUGUCAUGCAUCUCACGGGAGAUCCGGUGCUGGCUAAUGAUUACGCGGCGAAAUAUUUGGAUUUGAGAAGACGCAGGGGAAUGGAGGUUUGA